AUGCGGGCGAAAAGUGAGCUCGAAAUGCUGAGCUUUGCACUGACCAACUUUCAUCGCCGCUGUCUGUUGCCGACCACAAGUUCCUUCAGUAUCUCAACCAUGAGCAAGGCUUUGCUGCAGGACAUCGCGCUGACAAACGCCAUGGGCGAGUCCGUGCAGGGCGAAACGCUCGGCCAGGACGGCAAGGUGCUUGCGCUCUACUUCGCGGCAGACUGGUGUCCGGACUGCCGCGCUUUCCAGCCGGCGUUCAACAGGUUUUACGAGACUGCAAAAGACAACCUGGACGUGGUCUUCGUGGGCUCCGACGCCUCAGCCAAGGAUCAACUAGCACAUUUCACGGACAAGCAGGGUCCCUGGUGGAUGGUACCUUUCGAGGGCGAGACGCGCACGCUGCUCAAGCGCAAGUUUGGCGUUUGCGCCGGCGCCGAGGUGAGCGAGCUACGCCCCAUCACGCGCAAGGGUGGUAUCCCGACGCUCGUGGUCAUCCGCCCCGAUGGAGAGGUCGUCGACUUCCACGCUGCCGAUAAAAUUGAGCGCGAUGGCAUCAAGGCUCUCGCGGCCUGGCAGCAGUAA